AUGGUCAAAGCUAAAUCUGCUGGGCAGCCGAAACAAAAAGCUGUAGCCAAUCGAUUCCCGUCUGUAAGUGGAUGGGCUACGGAGCGCAAUGCAUUUCGCAUGCUAUCUGAAGCAUGUAUCCAAGGUUUUAAGGACCAUGGAUAUCGCAUUGGUGUCAUUCGCGGAUCGGAUUUCAGUGAGCUCGAUGGGGGGCUUAUUUUCGACCCCCCAGAUGGGUUUCCUAUGAACAUGGAUCCUUCUGAUGUGUGGGCCUGGGUUCAUGAACAUAAAGAGGAUUGCAACCUGCAAAUUGUGCCAAUCGACAUCAAAUCCAGUAUCAGCGCUCGGUCAUCUCACCAGAUUCCUCCAAUUUUCAUGGUUGCACCUCCUGGGCAUCCCGAAAUUCUAUGCAUUCUACCCAUUAAUAGCUACACAUCUAUAAUGGCGAAUAUGAAGUUGGAAUACGCAGACAGCCGUGGUGUUGAGUUCAACAAGGCGCAUCGGAUGCGACAACGAGAACCUUUGCACGUCAGUUCUCUCUUGGCGCCGUUCGCGGUACACCAGCGUGACCUCUUUCAAGCACUACUAGGAAUUCGAGAUGCAUUCAAAAAUCAAACGACUUACAAAAAUCCAUCCAGCGGUGUCACGCUGCUAGGCUGGAUGCCACCAGAACCCGAUUCUAGUCUCGAAAAGGUGCUGAUGGUAUCGAUGAGCAAGCAAGAUCAUUCCGCGAGGGUCAUUCAAGAGCUUGCCCAGACUCUCCAUUCUCAUCCAGACUGCCAUAUGGAGCUGUUGUUCAAUCUCGUGCAGCCACUAGCCUGCGACUUGGUACUUCGAGAUAACGCAUCAUCUACGACGUACCUUCUUGAGCACAAGGUCAGCACACCUAAAGAAAGAAAGCCUAACACUGCCCCCCUGAAGAUAAAUGACACAUGGGCGAAUGAUGGGCUCAAUUGGCAUUUUCUUUUCCAUCAGCAUGGCUAUUGGCUUAUGAUCCAUACACGAGAGGGGCAUAAAGUAGGAAGCAAUACUCCAGUAGUCCGUAUCGACCUAAGAAGCCCCGGCGCAGCCCAUAAGAUCGCAGACACAAUACGCGCUCAUGGCGACUUGGCUAAACAAAGGCUUCAGACUAAAUGGAGAACCUUGGAUGUCUACGAGAGUAGUCUUUCGGAUGAAGCGAGCAGGUCGACGAAGCCAUUGACUCGAGAAAUGACUAUACAUGGUAGAGCAGCUGCGAGAGAACAGCUCCGCAUAGCUUUCUGCGAUGCCAUCAACAAUCAAUGUUACAAGCUCAGGAAAAAUGCUUGUAUCAUCCUGGAAAGUAGUGGCUGUGGAGAAGCGGUAAUAAUUCAACAUGCCUGGUCGGACCGCGAUGUAGCCAGAUACCAGGCAAGCAAAUCAUUGCCUGUCUCUCUUUUCGGCGGAACACAAUCCAGCUCUUCCAAAGCGCUCGUACUUAACUUCAUCCCGCAUUACUGGCCGCCUAGUGUCGAGUCUUCACAAUUGUUCGAGCCGGCACGCCUUAGGAUGAUUUAUAUACCACUAUGCUUGGGUCAACCGUUUAUCUACAUUGCUGCUACUAUCAGCGCUCCGUCUGCUGAUCGAAAGCCCUGUAUCGAAAAGCUCAUCAUCUUACCAUCAGAAAAUACGGAUUGGAAGAUUAAACCUGAUGGGUGCCGUGUUUGCGACGAUGAAACUAGAAUGAGAGAUUGGAAGCCAGUUGUCCAGAGUUUGGUCGAAAGCCAGGGAAACAACAACCCAGGAAGCUCACUUGUACAAUUUCCCUUCCUGAACCAACGAGCAGAGCCACUCUGCAAGGUUUAUGAUUUUAAUGAUGGCUCAGUGCACGCUUACUUCGACGGCAUCUUGCAGGAUCAGAAUUCAUGCUAUGUUACUCCCAUCUAUGGACCAAAGGGCCUUCUGCAACGACAAUGGAAUCACGGUAGCCCUCGAAUGGUAGAUGUUGGCUCUGCUAGCACCCAGAACAUGAUGUAUCGCGUCCUAACGACCCUUCCACCCAACACCAAACCGAUGCCAACCGAACGUAUCGAACGCAUACACGAUGAUGCAAAAAAAGCAACCAUGGAAAAGAAAGGCUGCCAAUCAAAAUCUGCGAUAGCCUACGCCCACAAGGAUCUCAUCAGCAAUCCAGAGUACGGUAUGACAUUGACGAACAUCAUGGAGCGGUCUGGCUUCAAGACAGCUUAUACUCUGCGAUGCGACAAGUGCACAGAUGAAGAUGAGUGUUGCUUCUACAUCCCAGAAAUUGCAUACGGCCUUAAAGCAAAGAUUGCAUGUGCGGCUUGCUGGGGCAAAUCGAAAGCAAUAUGUUCAUUCAACGGCGUCAUGUGCCUUGUAAUCAGUGCUACGUUGAUCAGCACGAGUGUGACAAUCGAGCAGGGUCUUGCGGAAGGUGUGAAACUCAAGGUGAGGAGUGUGUACGCGAACUUUGUACAUACGCGGACCAGCCUGGCGAUGACUCUAAUUGCCCAAAAGAUUGCGACAAAGCCCAUGAGGAUGAUGGCUAUACAAACGCCCGUGCGGUUCCGAGGGGUGCAGGGUGCAAUGUACGUCUGCGUCUACAGAAACAAGCGCAAGCAUGCAAAGAUUGAACCAAAAGAACAUCAAUUGGAACUAGCGUCGAUGAAUCUUGGUUCACAGGCGAUCCAAAUUCCCUACUCUAGAAAAAAGCAGGUUUCGUUCUUCAGAAGUGGAGCUCCUAUGAUAAUGUCUAAUGCUAUCGUUUGGGCCGCAGAAUGUGUACGCGAAGACGGCGAAAAAGACGCAGGAGAGCUUUUUCUUCAAUGGCGCGCGGUCGAUGCCCACAGAGGCCAAUGCACCACGAACAAAAAGCUCUUCAACGUAAUGCGCAAGUAUUAUCUGGAAGCGAGUUCACAAAGACCGUGGCAUAUAUGGAGACUCAAAGCCAUCACAGCUAUCCACAACAGGAGGAAGUCAACCAGGAGGCAUACGACAACAUUUUGGAGUAAAGUGGAAGAGAAGAUCGCUGGUGUUCCCCCAAUGGUCAAGAAGUAG